CCGAGUCUUUUGUGAUCAGUCUGUGAUUACUUUUUUUUAAGUAAGUUAUCCUUUAAAUGCAUGAUAGAGCUAAAUUAUUCUCUGACUGUGGGAAAGACUGACUGGCAUACAUCCAAAGAGCAAAGACUACCUGCAAACUGAAGGAAAAGCCCUCAGUUUUUUCCAUUCAGCUCAGUUCCCAGACCAUAAUUCAAGACAAGACACAAGCAUGUCUGUCAACUGGCUUCUACAGAGGCGUCCCUUGUCUGGAUCUCUGGGAGUUUGGCCCCAGUGUCCCGAGAGUCCCCCUCUAGUCCUGCUCUAGUCCUCCUGCUGUAAUCCGGUUAUAGUCCUGGUAAUCCUGCCCGGGCUCUGGCUCUGGUCUUCUCCUCAGGUCUGUUUGAGGGAGGCAGCUGGACCCUCAGGACUCAGGAUGUUGAGCUGGGUGGUGAAAGUGGUGCCACAGCCUCCGGACCUGCCCAAAAACCAGGAAGUGCCCGCCACUGCCCCGCCCCCUGCUCCACCCCCUGCUCCACCGGAGAAGAAAGUGACGUUCAAAGAAGAAGCUCCAAAUACAAACAAAAACAACGAUGCCCCAGCAGCUGAAGGAAGCAGGCCUGGGACUGCAGUAUUGUCUUGGAUCAGUAGUGCCAUGCCUCAACCUGUGAACGUUAACAACUCUGCCAACAAGGAAGAAAGCCCACCACCAAGCAAAGGGAUGAUCGCCUGGAUCUCACAGGGUUUGGAGAAAGUUGUUCCUCAUCCAGAACUGAAGAACAAAGAUCCUCCUCCAGCAGAGAAGCCAAAGGAGGUCAGACCGGUCUCUGCUCCAGCUGCUCCAGUGACUGUGGAAGUGAAGAAAAGCCCUGAAGAAAAAGCCGAGAACAGCACAAGUAUGAUCGAGUGGAUAAAGUCGGGCAUUGAGAAGAUGGUCCCUCAGCCGGAGCAUCUCAAGGCAAAAGCAGAAAACACGACCAAGAACGAAGCUCCUCCUGCACCCAAAGUUGAAGCUGCUCCUCCUGCAAAUCCUCCUCCUCCAAAUCCUGCUCCUCCUCCUCCUCCUCCAGCUCCAGCUCCAAAACCAGCCGCAGAGGAGACGUCAUCAACAGAACAGCAGACAAAUGUGGUGGGGUGGAUUGUCAAUGAGAUCGGACGGAUGCUGCCUCAGCCUGUUCUCAAAUCGGAAAACAGUGAGAGUGGACCAAACACAGUAGUGAACAGCAGCCAGACCAAAAAUGACCUGGUUUUGGAGGAUCUCGAGCAAAAUAAUGAAAAACAAGAAGCACCCGCUCAGAAAGAAGACACGCAACCAAAGAAACAGGCUGAAGACACAGAGGCACAAACAGAACAUCCAUCUCUGAAGGACAGCAUCAAGAAGGAGACAGAGGAGGCAGUGCUGGCCCAGAUGGAGGAGAGACUGCAGCUGGAGCGUCUGGCUGCUGCUCGGGCUGCAGAGGAGCUGGCCCUCAAAGCAGCAGAGGAGGCUGUGAGACAACUGGAGAAAGAACAGGCUGCGAAGAUCAUCAUCGACUCCAUCAAUGAACCACAAGACCAUUCUCUUGUUGACAUGUGUCCGGCGGAUAGCACCAAAGCCCCAGACCAAAACGUCCAAGCGAACUCUGCAAAAGAAAUGACUCCCUCCUCGGCAGAAGUGGAGCUGGUCUCCGAAAACAAAACUGAGGAGGUCAAAGAAGCACAGGCCAAAGAAACAAAACAGCAGGAUCCGCCAAUCACAGAGCAGAAAAAGCCAGAGCCGCAGCAGUCUGUCACAGAGAAGCAAGAGUCUAAACCAAUCACGCAACAGCCCGAGCCACAAGCCACAGAAGCCCCGGCCACCAACGCAGACCAAGCUCCAACUGGAACAACAGAGGAAACUGGAUGUGGACCCCCCGCUAUCUGCUCGCCCUUUCGGACUUUCAUGCUUCGUUUCCCAGUGGCCGCUGAAUAUUUGGAAAACUGCAGGAAGCUGAUGCACGACCAUUACCUGACCCCCCCUAAGCUGUCCCUGCCCUCCCCCCCGGCUGAACUGGCCCUGCUCACGCAAGAAAUAGCAGAACUCCCCAAGCAGGCUCAACAAUACUGCAUGGGGAUUAUAAAUAAGAUAAAAGGGAUAAACACGCACUUUCAGACCGCUGCACAGGUACUACUACUACUACAAUACUUCCCAAGGUGCUCCCCUCUCCAAACCCCUCUGCAUCCUGGUCAGCACUGCUCCCAUCAUGCAUUGCUUCAUCAAGAGACUGCUCCCCACGGCUCAGGGAGUCAAGUGAAAACCCCGGUUCUGAAGGUGGACCACGUGGAUCAGGACUCAGGUCAAAGAAGGACUCUGAACAUCCCUCAGAUCGUGACCACGCCAGAACAUGAGACCUACACUUUGACUGUGCCCAAAACUAUUAGAAUCAGUCCAACAGGUGAACAGAUGUUGUGUGAAGAAGAGGAUGAACCUUUGAAGUCGUGGGGCAGUCAGGGGGACCUCCUCAGUGCAGAUGAAGAGGCGCGCCCUGCCUCUGCGGCCAGCGUGGGCAGUGUGGUGAUGCAGGAGCGUCUGAACAAGCUGCUGCGACAUUUCAAAGGUCGAACGGAGUCAAAGAAAGAAAAACUGUUGGAUCCGGACGAGUCGGAGGGGGAGAGUCCACAGGCCUCUCCUGCCAAAGCCCCUCCCCCUCCACCCCCACCCCCACCCCCAGGAGGUGAGGAGAAGAAGGAUGCGCCCCCUGCUGGUGAAGAGGAGGAAGAGGAGAAGGACAAAUGGAUGGAGUUUGAGUUUGAACUUUUAGGGCAACCUCUAAAACUGCCCUUCCCCAAACCUCCACCGAUGCCCGACUGGCUCAGAGCUAUUCUCCAGUACCGCUUCCCCGACAGCAUCGACCCUUUCACUGACCUGAUCUAUGUGUUCUGGCUCUUCCUGGUGGUGGCUGCGUGGAACUGGAACGUGUGGCUGAUCCCGGUGCGAUGGGCUUUUCCGUAUCAGACUCCGGAGAACAUCCACCUGUGGCUCCUGGUGGAUUACAGCUGCGACCUGAUCUACAUCCUGGACAUCCUGGUGUUCCAGCCCAGACUGCAGUUUGUGAGGGCCGGGGACAUCGUGUGUGAUAAGAAGGACAUGAGAGACCACUACAUGACCACAGAGAGGUUCAAGAUGGAUGUAAUAAGUUUGUUUCCAAUGGAGGUAUUUUAUUACUUCACUGGAGUCAACUCUCUGCUGCGCUUCCCUCGACUGCUCAAGUACAUGGUUUUCAGUGAGUUCAACGACAGAAUGGAGGCUGUGAUGAAAAAGGCCUACAUCUACAGAGUGAUCCGGACCUCGUCGUACCUGCUGUAUUCUUUGCACAUAAACGCCUGUCUGUUUUACUGGGGCUCUGACUACGAAGGACUGGGAUCCACAAAAUGGGUCUAUGAUGGAAAAGGAAAUGCGUACAUUCGUUGUUAUUACUUCGCUGUGAAGACCUUGAUCACCAUCGGAGGCCUCCCGGACCCUACCACCGUGUUUGAGAUCUGCUUUCAGCUCCUAAACUACUUUGUGGGCGUCUUUGCGUUCUCCAUCAUGAUCGGACAGAUGAGAGACGUGGUUGGAGCUGCGACUGCAGGAGAAAACUAUUACCGCGCGUGUAUGGACAGCACCAUCAAAUACAUGACCACCUACCACAUCCCCCGAGACGUGCAGAACCGCAUCAAGACCUGGUACGACUACACCUGGAUGAGCCAGGGCAUGCUGGAUGAGCAGGAAUUGUUGAUCCAGCUUCCAGAGAAAAUGAGAAUGGACAUCGCGGUGGACGUCAACUACAACAUCGUCAGUAAAGUCGCUUUGUUUCAGGGCUGUGACCAACAGAUGGUGUUUGACAUGCUCACCCGCCUCAAGUCUGUGGUCUACCUGCCUGGAGACUUUGUGUGUAAAAAGGGUGAGAUCGGUCGGGAGAUGUACAUCAUAAAGCAGGGCGAGGUGCAGGUGGUGGGUGGUCCCGACUUGAACACAGUGUUUGUGACGAUACGAGCUGGCUCUGUGUUCGGGGAGAUCAGUUUGCUCGCUGGGGGCGGGGGAAACAGACGGACAGCCAAUGUGAAGGCUCACGGUUUUGCGAACCUCAUGAUCCUGGACAAGAAGGACCUGGCUGAGAUCCUGGUGCACUACCCCGAGUCCCAGAAACUGCUCCGGAAGAAAGCCAAGACGAUGUUGACGAAGGACAAGAAGCCGGACGAGAAGGGGGGUAAAGAGGUACCGGUGGUGAUCCCCCCGAGACCUGAGACCCCCAAAAUGUUUAAAGCGGCCCUGAAAGUGACCGAGCAGGCGGGCAUCGAGGGCACCUUCGCCAAGCUCAAGGCAUCUUACAAACCAGCAGAGGACGAGGAGACCUCCUCUGGGCAGUCUCCUCGCCCUCCCCCCUCCCCGAUGCACCGGCGCUGCCCUGUCCCCGUGUUCAGAGCUGCGGAGAACGACGAUACUGUGGCAGAGACGGCGGACAGCUCCCUCAUCAUCCGCAUGACCCCUAGGAGAGAGGGGGAGGAGAUGCUCAGCGUGGAGGUGAGCCCGGCCGAGAAGGACGAGGAUGGGGACGGAGAAGAGCAGAAGUGAACCAGGAGAUACAAGUGACCGCACGUUUGGAGGGCGGAGCCUGUGCUUUCUCAGGAUGGGCGGGGGGAUGAGCAAUAGUCGGCCUUUCAUAGUUCUUGGUCUGUGACUGUCUCCAAGAAAUCAGUAAGAUUUCAUAACUAUUGUGUAAUGGAUGUUCCAAAACCCAAGUUGUGCUUGUAUAUGUGCAGAAGAUACAAUGUGCAUGAGAUGGGCCCUUUAAUGUUUGUAAUGGUUAACGGCAUAAAUCAGCUCACCUAUAGUUGUUCCAGCCAAGUCAGUUCUUUCCGGUUAGAUUGUGUUAAAACAAAACUUAAAUUAAACUCGAGUUAACUUGAGUAACUGAGCUUCAGACAGAGCAGUGCCUCCAGAUGGCUUCACAACCCAAGAAAUGUUGAUGACAUGACAUGGAUUUUGAGGGACUUUCCUUGCAGGACUAACAACAUGGAAAAUAUUUGGUUGUUGAAAGAAUAAACGCACUUGCAGUGUAAUCGUUUGGAGAUGUUUUUACAAACUUCAGUCUGGUUAAGAGACGCAUUGUGCAAAAAACAACUUUUAACAUUUACAAUUUUCAAUUUCAAUUUGUAAAUUAAGUUCAGUAUUUCUAGUUUUGUCCAAAUUGUAUUAACUCUGGAAUUUUAAAUUUUUUAAAUAGGGAUGCCAUUUGCAGUUCUGCCACUAGGUGUCACUGAUGUCCACAAACUCUUUACCUCCAUGGAAUCUUUAAUUAUGGCAAAAGUGUUUAUUAACAAUAUACACUUUUUUUUUUUAAUUGGCAGUUCAUAAUUUUGUAAUUGACUUCUCUCAGUGAAAUGCACCUUGGGAAUUGUAGUUUAAUUUCAAACACGACUUUUACAGUGAUCUUCUAUAAUGACUGUUCAGCUAUUUGAGAAUAAAAUGUUAAUUAGUUUUUCAUAAUGUUUUUAUUUUACUGUAAAAUUUCCAUAGAAACUUUCUCUUUUUUCUUUUCAGUUGUUGCUUCACACUAUCUCACACGGCACAUUCAUUUUGUGUGACAAAUAUAUUUCAAUUUUGAACAUUUUUGCUGCUUGAAAAAAGUUAGAUGGUGCAGUUGUGUUUUAAAGUAACAUGAAUGAAACAUGGAUAGGCUGAAUUUAUAGACGGAGAUACCUCAA